CCGGAAACUAACGGUAAAUCUUUCCCUGUAAGUGUUGACAGUGAGACGUAAACAAAGGGAGGAACCUCGUUAACCAGAGUUUCGCCUUCAACUCGAGAUGUCGUGCUCCACUCAGCGCAUUUUACGCACGGUGACUGACCACAGCAAGCCAGCGGGCCCGUUACGUAAGCGCGCAGCCACAGCAGGCAUUUAAACGGUGAGACUGCGAAGAUCCAGCUGGAAACUUUUCCUCCGCUCCCUGAAAGCCUCAGAGACCCGCGAGUCUCCGCACAGUUUUGUAGUACCCAGCCAUGUCUGCUUAUAAAAACAGCGUGUGUUUCAACGAGGCCAGGAGAGUGGCUAUUUUCGGAGGGACGCACGGGAACGAGAUGUCAGGCGUGACGCUCGUGAACCUGUGGGUGAAGAACAGCGCAGAGAUCCAGAGGAAAGGGGUCGAGACCAAACCGUUCAUCGCCAACCCGAAGGCUGUGGAGAAGUGCACCAGAUACGUGGACACGGACCUGAACCGAGCCUUCAGCCCAGAAAACCUCAGUGCCCCAGGAGGAGAUGACCUGCCCUACGAGGUGCAGAGAGCCCAGGAGAUCAACAGGAUAUUUGGGCCCAAAGGAAGCCCAGAGGCCUAUGAUGUUAUCUUUGACCUCCACAACACAACGUCCAACAUGGGCUGCACGCUGAUUCUGGAGAGCUCCAAAGACCACUUCAAUCUGCAGAUGAUGAACUACAUCAAGAAAGCCAUCACUCCCGCCAGUUGUCUCGUUCUGCUCAAUGAACAUCCUCUUUUGAAAUAUUCCACUUCACGCUCUGUUGCCAAGCACCCUGUUGGUCUGGAAGUGGGUCCUCAGCCUCAAGGUGUUUUGAGGAGUAACAUCUUUGAAGCUAUGAGGGUAAUCCUGAAACAUGCCCUGGACUUCAUCGAACUGUUUAAUGAAGGUCCAGUGUGUAACACUUUGGAGACUCUAUUGGCAGAAAUGGAAUAUAAAUUUAUAGGGAUGGAGUUCCCCCCUUGUACGGUGGAAGUUUUCUGGGUCUCAGAAAGGAUUGAUUACCCCAGAGAUGCCAAUGGAAACAUCAUUGCCAUGGUGCACCCCAAUCUGCAGGACUGUGACUGGGAACCGCUGAACCCUGGUGACCCUAUGUUCCAAACAUUUGAUGGAAAGACCAUCCACUACCAAGGCUCAGGCACCGUCUAUCCCACUUUUAUUAAUGAGGCAGCCUAUUAUGAAAAACAACAGGCGUUUGUAACCACCAGGCGAGAAACCUUGGUUGCAAGCGCCAUCAGAAAAGCAUGAAAACCGGUUUGUGAGGCUGAUAGCGACUAUGAAUACAUGUUAGCCAGAGCAACGAUCUAUGUAUAGAUUUUGCACUUUGUUCUGUUAGCAAAUGACACUUUCCUCACAUAAUGAUUAGAUACCAUCUUUUACACACUGAUUUAGUUUUCUAUGCGUUUACUAUCACAAAAUCUAUUAACUAUGCAAAGAACAUUUGUGGAGGCACUGUGAAAGUCUUUGAUCUGAAGACUGGUAUAUUGCUGUGGUAAGUAUUUGUGAUACUGCUGUUAUUUUAAAGAUAUAUUAACUUUGAAUCAACUAAGCUUUUAUAAUAUUAAAGGCCAGGCCUAAUCAUUGAUGGCUUAUGAAUCAUUAUACAACACUACUACUACUGCUCAGGACGGCCAUUGAGGAUCAUAACCUGCAACUUUUGACCCAAAACUGUACGUUGUUUGUCUUCUUCUAAAAAUAUAUUUGUAACAUCUUUGGGAGGGUGUUUGUGGCCUUUGAUUCUACUUACCUGUAACUCCAGUGGUUGCAUUUGUGGUGCUGUCCUAUCAUUGCCUUAAUAGAGAUUUCAAAGAAAAUUGCACAACAAAUUUGGAGUGGAAUUUGUAGAUUAUAUGUGUUGGAUAACAAGAUAUUAUUUUGAUAAGAAAUGGUAUAUGUUCUGUUCCUCUACACAAAUGGGAUGCAGUUUGAAACAUGUUUUAUAGUAAUAUAUUUGUGUCUAUUUUGAUAUACUUGUACUGUAUGUUUGGUUUUAAGUGAUAUAAGUGUAUAAGACGUGUUGAAUCAUGAAGCAUAUGUACUUUCUAAUAUUUUUACGUCUUUGUUGUCUCAAAGUAUGUCGCUGUGGUCUUACAAUAAUUAAUUUUUCAUUCAGCAAUAUUUUUUGUAGCACCCUUUAUAUGAUUAGUAAAGUUUACUGUACUUGAAGUCCUGUGGAAAUGAUCCAUUCAAUAAAUGUAGUACAAUGCUA